AAAGCGGGAGGACGGUUCGAGUACCAGCUGCCCAUUACAGGUCCUUUACUCCUGAACUUUUGGACUAGUAAACUUGUUUUUGUUUUUUCUGCAAUCAUGAAUCCGCCCUGUGGGAGAUGCAAUAAACCAGUUUACCCAACAGAAAAAAUAAACUGCCUUGAUAAGUAUUGGCACAAAGGUUGUUUCAGCUGUGAGGUCUGCAAGAUGGCCUUGAGCAUGACGAACUACAAAGGCUUUGAGAAGAAACCUUACUGCACUAUGCAUUACCCCAAAACCUCCUUCACCAUAGUGACCGACACCCCCGAGAAUCUGCGUCUCAAACAACAGAGCAUGCUUAAUAGUCAGGCGCUCUAUAAGGAGGAGUUUGAAAAGAACAAGGGGAAAGGUUUCAGCGCCGUGGCUGACACUCCAGAGAUGCAGAGAGUGAAGAAGACACAGGACCAGAUCAGUAACGCCCUUUACAAGGAGGAGUUUGAGAAGAACAAGGGGAAAGGUUUCAGUGUGGUGGUCGAUACUCCAGAGAUGCAGAGAGUGAAGAAGACACAGGAUCAGAUCAGUAACAUAAAGUACCAUGAAGAAUUUGAGAAGAGCAAGAUUCGAAGUGACGCGCCUCCUCCGGAAAAUAGGCAAGACUAUGAGGACCAGCCAUCCAACCCUGUCAGUGACUUUGGUCAGUCUGCUGGACAAAUGCGUACUGCUGCUGUAGCACCACACAGUGGAGGGAAGCGCUACCAGGCCAUGUACAGCUACAUGGCAGCUGAAGCGGAUGAGCUUUCUCUGCAGGAAGGUGAUCUGAUCUUAGAUGUGGAGCCGAUAGAUGAGGGAUGGGUGUUCGGCUUUAACCAGCGCACUGGGCAGCGGGGCAUGCUUCCUGCUAACUAUGUACGACCUGUGUGAAACAAACAGUUCUGCCCAGCAGAUAUUCAGAGAUCCACCUCCUGCCCUGUGGAUCUGCUGCCCGCACCUGCAAUCAGGCUUUAAAAAUCACCUUUUUGCAAAUGAAAUAUUGCAUUUAAAAAGCAUCCCUGCCUGGUUCUGCUUUGCAUUUUUUCCAUAAAUGUAAUUUUCAAAUCGUAUGAUGGGGCUCUGCUUAUGGUUUCUUUGACUUCCAUGAAGAAUAAAUAUUGAUAAUAAAGCUUUUAUGUUUGUAAGGUCAAAGGAGAAAGGAGGAAAGGAAACAAAUUCACAAUAAAACCCAUUCAUCUUCA